AUGUCCGUCGUGCACCUCCAAAACGUUGAGAUUCUCAACGACAAUGCUCCCUUUGCCGCAGAUCCAUACAUCUUCAAAAUCACCUUUGAGUGCAUCUCGUCGCUCAAGGACGACAUUGAGUGGAAGUUGAUCUACGUCGGCAGCGCCGAGUCAGAGGCCUACGACCAGGAGCUGGACAACUGCAUGGUCGGACCCGUGCCCGUAGGCGUCAACAGCUUCGAGUUUGAGGCUGCCGCGCCUUCGCCCGACAAGAUUCCUGCUUCUGACCUGCUCGGCGUCACCGUCAUCCUACUCACAGCCUCGUACCGCGACGCCGAAUUCAUCCGGGUUGGCUACUACGUACACAAUGCCUACGACAGUGAGGAGCUGCGAGAAAACCCGCCGGAACAGGUCGAUCUGAGCAGGGUCAGAAGAGAGGUGCUUGUAAGCAAGCCACGCGUCACGAGAUUCAACAUCAAAUGGUAA